AUGGCGCCUUGCAUAAAUUUUCUACUGGUCAAGCCGAUACUUCGCAUCGGCCAACUUCUCUUUAUUGUCACAAUGGUCACUGUUGCACCCGGAGUGGGAAGUAUCGGAUGUUUCGUGUGCUCUUCAUUCAAUGGUUCAAACCCGACUUGCGAGGAUACAUUCAAUUCGACGGUGAUCCUCGAGGAACCGAACACGAUCGGUGUCAGCAAUUAUCAGUACCCCUGUUGGGCAUUCAAGAAACAGAGGCAUGGCUUGUUUCCCGCCGAUCACUGCAUCAAAGUGAACGGACACCGAACGGACGACACAUCGCAGACAAUCGUGAUCCGAACGUGCGCCCUCGAUUCUGGUACUCUCACUGCAGACACUGCUAUUCAUUGGCACUACAAAGCGCACCGAAAUGCCCAGAUUCUGACAAUACAAAGAGCACACAUUAGAGUAAAUGUUUUUGACGAAUAUGGUGUGAGGAAUAACAGUAUCGUUGUGGCCGCAGGCAAGAAAAACGAAAAGCAUGCUGAAGAGGUAAGCCGAAGCGAGCUGACGCCGGCCGAGGUCAAGCCGAGGCGAGCCGAAGUGGAGCCGAGGCGAGCCAAGCCAAUCCGAACCGAGCUAUAG